CGCAGCUGGUUCCAUAAGUUAUUGUUUACGCAUCUCGCAGAUUGUUAUUUUUUAUCACAAUUUAUUUUUGAAUGCAGCCAAAAUGAAGCGCAAGACGAGCGAAAUCUGGUGCUUCUUUCGCGCGGUGGACGACACUUACGCGGUGUGCAACAUCUGCAAGGCGAAGUUGUCGUACAAGACCACUACCACAAAUCUAAGUAAACACAUGAACAGAAUGCAUCCAACUACGGCUAUGGCUCGAGGCCACAAGUUUAAGUUCCACCGUCGACCGCAAGAAGGUGACAUGGACCGCAAUAAAGCCAAGCCUCGAAACGCUACACAGGAGGCGAUUCUUUUGGACUUUGUAAAGAAGCACCCACGCCUGCUGCAGAAUCCGACGUGGGAGACGCGAAAUAAUCUGGAGUCUCUAUGGGAACAGCUGACUAAUGAACUCAACAGGCAUGGGCCGCCGCGAAAAGAUAUACCUACCUGGAAAAAGGCCCUGAAAGACUGGAAGAGGUUUAUCUUAAAAAAGGUUGAGCAAAAUGAAAUGCACAACAUGCCAUUUGGCACUAGUCUCAAUUCAUCGGAGGAAACCAUUGCAACCCUUUGCCGCUUAAACGAAGAUGUGAGCCAAAUUAUAAUGAAAGUUUCCGACGACGAUGACAUGCACGAGAAUUCUACCACCGAGUUCGACGUAGACGAAGUGGAGGAUGUGGUGCCGGAGGACGAUAGCGGCGGAUCUCUGCAAACCCCUGCCGAAUAUGUGUAUGAACCCGAUGAGGACAAAGUAGAAAUAGACCCUCUGUAUCUUCAGUCAAGCAGGAGGCCGCGGGCCAACAGCCGGGUUAUGGAAGAAGAGACUCUGCUUGAUAAGAUUAAGGACAACAUAAGUCUGGUGAACGAUUCCGCCAGUAGUGUACACCUAGCGCUUAACGAAUUCUGCUUACUGUACAAACAGAAAUUGUAUGAGGACAAAAGGCAUCACCUUGCCAUGGAGCAGUUAAUGGCGGAGAAAAUCGAUCUUAAAAGGAAACUGCUUGAAAUAGAGCAAAGGAAACUAUCACUUAAAUAACUAAACUCACUAAGUAUGAAGAGUU